AUGAAUGACUAUAGCUCAACUGAGUAUUAGCACGGUUUGUAAAAUCAAGAAAAUGAAGAUCACUCAAAUACUAGACCUGAUAUAUAUAGCAGCAGGAAAUACCCAGAUAUCAAUGUAGAAUAAUUAGAUGACUUAAGAAUCAACAUUUUUGUUAGCAAUUAUCCUAUUGGUACUUUCGUUAAAAUUAACUUCAGAAAAAGAUAUAAUAAGAAUUAGCUUUUAAAAGUCAAACAAUCUCUUGAUGGCUUGCUAAGGAACGGUCUUGAUGCUUGCCGUUUAUGA